GUCAAACCCGAACGGGAGCGUCAUUCAUGAGAAAAAAAACUUGUUUUCAUUUUGCUCAAGUUUGAGAUCACAAAAAUUUUAAAUUUCCAAAUAUUAUUGCGGAAUUUUGUGUCAAAAAGUGUGUUUUUGUGCAUUUUUAAUCUUUUCAGACCGCCCCUCACCAACGGUGGCAGGUGAAGGCGAUAAAAUAUGGACGGCACAUCAAAGGUGGAAUGCCGUCUGUGCCUGGAAGCACUGAACGAAUCCAAGUGGACGAUAGAUCAACCAGACUUGAAGAAGCAAAUAAACGAGGUGUUCCGGUUCGCGAUCGAUCCUCAACCUGGCUUUUCAUCGACUAUUUGCAGUAGUUGUUUGACUAUCGUCUCCGAAUUUCAUCAAUAUUCCGAGCGUGUUCGAUGCAAUCAGGAUACGCUAGCCGCCGCCGCUCGGCUUAAACUGUCGACCAUUCAGCAGCAUGUUAUCAAAACCGAAAAGCUAGACUUUGACCGGGACGAAUCCUUCGCUGCCCUCGCUAACCUGUCCACCAAUGAUGACGAAGUCGUUGAUGCAGAUCUCGACGGUUGGGAUAAUGACGAUGUUUUCGCUGAACCGCUGGUAACUAUGGUUGAAGUAAAGGUAGAACCAACCGGUAAAAAACGCAACGAUGUCCGUAAGAAAGAGGAAUCUGUUGUCUCAACUCGCGAAACUCGGGCCAAAAAUAGAGAGUCUUCCCAAAGAAGUGGUUCACCGCUGGACGACAAAGAUGAUACCGACUUUGACUAUGAUGAUGAUGACUAUCAACCCGAAACGAAAAAAGCUAGAAAACCGCGAAAAAUAAGGGAGCCGAAAAUAAAGAAAGAAAAGGAUGAAACGGGCGACGAAGAAGAAGAACAAGAAGAAGGAGAAGUGGAACGUCCUAAAAGAAGGAGAAGAAAGAAAGACAUCGCACUGAAAAGUAAAGAAGAAUUGGCUCAAGAGGACAUUCGCAUUCAAGAAUUCUAUGCGAUGGAGUGUGACAUGUGCAAACAAAAGGCAGAAGAUUUUGAGUCUUUGAGAAAACACUUCCGUAAAGAGCACGGAAUACCUGCUUAUAUCAAGUGUUGCGAAAAGAAGUUAGCAAGAAAGUGGGCAUUGAUAGAUCACAUCUUGGUUCAUAAGAACCCUGAUUUAUAUCGCUGUGAACGUUGCGAUAAGACUUUCAAAGGAAAGAGGUAUCUGAAUGAUCACAUAGAAAAUGUACACGGUAGCGCUGAGGAGAAGCCGUUUAAAUGCGAACAAUGCAAUCGGUUCUUCGCAAAAGAGACUCUUCUGCGAACGCACAUUGCGAAUCAUAAGAAGAUUCUUUGUAAGCAGUGUAAUCAAGAGUUCGCGAACUCACAGGAACUGAAAGAACAUCUGAAGGUUGUGCACAAAAACGAACAUACCAUCAGAGUUUGCGAUCGGUGUGGCAAAGCAUUCGCUGGACCAAGUGCUCGCAGCAAUCUGAAGCAACACAUUGAAAAGGUACACAUGGGUCUCGGUGAUAAGACCAAGCUCCAGUGUUCAAUUUGCAGGAACUGGUUAUUGGGAAAGCGUGCUUUGACCAGACACAUGCAGUUACAUAGCGAAGUGGGUAAACCACAUAUCUGUGACAUUUGUAAUCAAAACUACUUGCACUCGAGAGCGCUAGCUCGCCAUAAACGGUUCGUACACGUCGAACAAAAGUACGAAUGCGAGUUCUGCGGCAAGAGAUUCAAGAGACCUCUGGCUUUGAAGGAACAUCGUGCAACCCACACCGGAGAAGCACUAUACGCCUGUAAGAUAUGUUCGGCAUCGACAAAUUCAAACGCCAGCUACUACUCCCACAUGAAGAAAGCACAUCCACUCGAAUGGGCGGAGCAGAAAAUGAAAGCGGCGGAAGCGGCUGCUCCUGGUCCCCUAGAACCGAAUGUCCCGGCAGCACCAAUGGAUCCGUCUUUACUUUCCUCAAUAGAACCUCCAGUGGAUCCCUCCAUAGAGCAACAACUGAACCCCAUCGCAGAGCAACAACUGAAUCCCGUCGUAGAGCAACAGCUGGACCCUACAAGAGACCAACCGGUGGUCUGAAAAAUUCUCUCUUAUUUAAGUUACAAUAUAGGAAUGGUAUGAUAUCGAACAAUAUAAGACUUUUAUUGAUGUGAAACGUC